UGAUAUCUUCUUGCAAUAUCUUCUUGUUACUCCCAUUGAAUGAAAUAUUGAUAUAAAGUAUUCGUAACUGAAUGUAACGAUAUAAGUAAAAAAGAAGUUUUCUUGUAGAGUAACUAUUACGAAAAAUACUAUUCAUCGUAACAAACUUUCAUUCUCUCAACGUUUAGAACAAGAGAAGAAAAAGUAAAGAAAAGACUGAAGAAUAAAAAAAAAAAAAAACGAACAAUAAAAAUUCAUAAUAUAAACGAGAAACUUGAAAGCUAUAAUUUUCUCGAAAUCAAUACCUAUUAUGAAAAAUCUCCUUGCAGAAAAUAUGCAUAAAAUCGAUCGAUCGUAAUUUACUGCAAUUACUGCACAUUAAAUUGUUACCACUGUAAAAGAAUAACACUAUAAAAAUACUAGAUAGAAAAAUACUCGUGUAAAUAAUAUAUCGAGGCGAGGUGUAGUCGAAUGAUUCUUCGAGUUCUAUACGACAGUCGAUAUCUGACUAGAAAUAUGGACGUAUUCGACAAACACUAUCAUACCUAUCGUACUGUGUUGAAAAUCGUAGGAUUAUGGCCGUACAAUAACUCAGUCUAUGUAUGGAUUCAGAGAUUAUUAUUAUUGACACUCUAUCUUGGAAAUGUAAUAUUUCAGAUUGUGUCACUUUUAAGAUCCGAAAUUACCUUACGAAAUUGUAUUCUAAUAUUGUCUACGACUUGUCCAUUUAUAAUAGUUUUGUUACGAUACGUAAGUUUUAUAAUAUUUUUUCCUAUGCUAAAAUAUUUAUUUCAUCAUAUGAGUAUGGAGGAAAGUAUAAUACGAGAUUCAAUAGAAAGACGGAUACAAACGAAAUACAUCGCUGAUUCUUGUCACAUGAUCGAAAUACUUUUGCGGGUAACUUAUGGAACUGUUAUAUCGUACGGUAUGUUUUUAUUGUAUCUUAUAACAUCGGAUUUCAUAAUGCCUUUGAACGAAUUUCAUACACGUGUCCUUCAUUAUUUUACAUUAUUUUCUGUCAAUCGAACCGUAUAUUUUUAUAUUUUAUGCUUGGAUUUUUUAUUUGUUGUCACAUUUGGAUUAUUAUCUAUAAUAUGUACGGAAUCGAUAAUCGGACUUUGUAGUUAUCACGUAGGCAUAUUGUUCAAAAUUAUUAGCCAUCGAAUACAAAAGAUUAUUAAGUAUUUAACUAUGUUUAAUCUCUCAUCGAAGCAAAUCGACUCGAAACUCAUAGAGCUUUAUCGCGUGGUGGAUAUUCAUAAUCAAGCUAUCGAAUUUAUCAGUAUCGUGAUAAAUAAUUUAGGAAAACAGUUCAUGAUACCUUCUCUUCUAAUUGUAAUUUCAAUGGCUGUAAAUCUGCAUCGACUAGUAAGUGCGAUUAUAGCUAAUAAGGAUCAAUUAGAAAUUUUAAUCUCUCUUAUCUUUUUUACCAAUCAAUUGGUGGUUGUAUUUUUAAAUAACCACAAUUCUCAGAUAUUUAUAAACAACAAUGAAGAAUUUUUUCACGAAUUAUAUAUAUCUGUAUGGUACUUCGUACCGUUAAAAGUACAAAAGAUUUUAUUACUGAUCAUGACAAGAAGCUCGACGACAUGUAUGUUUCACAUCUUUGGAGUGUUCUUUCCAUGCUACGCAGGAUUUACAUCGGUAAUUUGUUUAAUAAUAAAUGUCAUCAACAUUUUGAUUCAAAAUUAAUAAAAAUUGUUUCGUUUCAGAUGUUAAGUACCUCGUUUUCAUAUUUUACUUUGAUGUACUCGACACAAUAGGAUUGAUAA